AUGGUGACCCACCCGGGCCAGUGGCUCCACCACGGGCACGUCGAGCUCGCCACCACGCUGCUCUCCGCAGUCGCCCUCGAGGGAGGAACCUGGGAUCAAUUCGGCUCCGCGAACCUCACCACCCAGAGCGGCCUCUGCGUUGCACUGCUUCCAUCAAACGGCGGCGUGGCCACUUGGAAUCAAUAUGGGAGCACCCAGUUGGAAGUCGCCCACUAUGGGACUGCGGCCGAAAUCGGCCCCACCGGGAGCUGGACGCAGGACGGGACCCUGGACGUCAUCGCCUCCAAUUAUGCGACCGGCGUACUGGUGCGCGGGGAGUCACUGUACCUCCAACGCAACACCAGCUCGUUCGUUCUGGACGCAGGCACAGUCGGAAUCAGUGUUGAGGGGCAGUGGACACAACGGUCCACCACCCACAUGACCGUGCAGGAGGAAUGCACCGCCAAGUGGGAGCAAGUUAGUGGCCCCGUAGAGAUCAGUGUGAAUGGAAGCGACUCCGUCGGCGUCCGCUUCAGCGCGAGCGGGCAGAGGUGGGAGCAAUCAGGCGACGUCACCAUCACCGUGCCGGGCGCCGAGAGCUGUGGCGUCAACCUGGACACCGCCGGCCCGAGCGUGUGGCAGCAAUUCGGACCCAAGCCGACGGUGAGCGCCACGGGACUGCACUCGGCCGCAAUAUGUCCGGCACCGCUGCCCAGUGUGUCGGUGAAGGCGGUGAAGGCGCGCAUCAACGACACGGCGCCCAGCGUGGUGGUCAUCCCUCGCGACCCCUCGCCAGACGCAGCGGGCCAGGCGGCGCAGGUGGACUUCCUGAGCCUGCGCGAGGUGACGCCCGCCGGCGACCUCGUCUGGGCCGCCCACCUCCAGGACGGUUGGGUGCAGAGCGGGGAAGGUACCAACAAUGUGAGCUCCACGACCACCUUCACGAGCCGGCUGGCCAACAACGCUACGCUGACCUAUGAAUUCGCCACGUUCGACGCUGAUGCCGCCCUCACCCUCGCCAACAACUACACGUUCAGCAUCACUCCGGCCUUCUUGAAGUUCACCCUGCGAAUCGACCGCUGGAACUGGUCUUCCAGUGACAACCAGCUGGAGUUCCAGAUGGUGAUCGACCCGCCGUUCGCCACCAGCGAGCUGCGCCUCAACACGCCGCAGGCCGACACGACCACGAUCUUCCUGCCGAGUGCGGCGGACAGCCAGGCGGGCACGCUGGUGCGGCUGCUGGACUUUGGCCUCACCAACACGAGCCAGCGCGUGGCGUGCUCGAGCUCGGCCGAUGAAGCGAACUCGUUGAUCACCCUCACCUUCGCCCACUUCGACACCAACCUCGACUACGAUCCCGAUAUUUCGCUGCUGCUGGGAGGCCGAAGGGAUGACGGAGCCGGCGGUGGAGGCGGUACGGAGUGGGUGAUCGCGGUGGCGGUGGCGAUCCCUGUGGCGGUGGUGGCCGUGGUGCUGGUCAUUGCGGUCGUCUUGACGGUGACCUUCGUGCGCAGCCGCCGGCGCAGCACCGCCGCACUGGGCGUCAACUUCGACGACAACAACAACGGAGAAGAACUGUGA